AUGAAGGAGAACAAGGGGGGCUCUCGCGUACCGCCGCCGUCAUCUGUCCGUCUCGUUCGUCUCGGCUCGGCACGGCUCGGCGGGUCGUGGUGGUCGGUCGUGGUCGAGGUCGAGUUUUGCAAUUCAUAUCCAACAUCAUUUACUCAUAUACAUAUAAAUGAUUGCAGAGAAGGGCACCAGAAUUCGCUGGAGAUGAUGCCUAAGUUCUUCGUAUUGGUUAUUUUGGGAGGGAUGGGACAUCCUCGAGUCUCUGCUGCUCUGGGACUAGUCUACAUCGUCGCGUAUUUCUACUUCACUGACUAUGACGGUGAUCCCAGUAACCGUCUCAAUCUCGGGAAACUUGGGUUCUUGGCAUUGGUUGGGCUCAAGAUCUGCACUAUUUCAUUCGGAAUCAAUCUGCUUCGACCAUCAUAUUGACUUUGCAAACGCCUCUCAUUUGUGCUCCACUAUCAAGUGUGUUUUCGUAUUAUGCCAUGGGGUUUGAUGU